UCUCUCCUUCUAGGUCCAACUGGGGAGAAGAGCUGGUCCAAGAAGUACCCAUCCUGUGGGGGCCUCCUGCAGUCCCCAAUAGACCUGCACAGUGACAUCCUCCAGUAUGAUGCCAGCCUUGUGCCUCUCCAGUUCCAUGGUUACAACAUAUCAGCUGACAAGUUGCUGAACUUGACCAAUGAUGGCCAUUCAGUGAGACUGAACUUGAUCUCAGACAUGCACAUCCAGGGCCUCCACUCUCACCAGUACAGAGCCGAGCAGCUGCAUCUGCACUGGGGAGAGCGCAAUGACCCCCACGGCUCUGAGCAUACCAUCAGUGGGAAGCACUUCGCUGCCGAGCUGCACAUUGUCCACUAUAAUUCAGAUCUGUACCCCAACUUCAGCACCGCCAGUGACAAGUCAGAAGGUCUCGCUGUCCUUGCAGUUCUCAUUGAGAUGGGCUCCUUCAAUCCAUCAUAUGACAAGAUCUUCAGCCAUCUUCAACAUGUAAAGUACAAAGGCCAACAGAUGCUCAUCCCGGGCUUCAACAUUGAAGAACUGCUUCCAGAGAAGCCGGAUGAGUUCUACCGCUAUGAAGGAUCCCUGACCACCCCUCCUUGCCACCCCACUGUGCUCUGGACAGUUUUCCGAAACCCUGUGCAAAUUUCCCAGAAGCAGCUGCUGGAUUUGGAGACAGCUCUGUAUUUCACACACAUGGAUGACCCUUCCCCCAGAGAAAUGGUCAACAACUUCCGGCAGGUACAGAAGUUCGAUGAGCGGCUGGUGUAUAUCUCCUUCCGACAAGUGGGAAUGCUUCCGGACACAGGACUGAGUGUGGGCAUCAUCCUUUCCGUGGCCCUGGCUGGUGUUCUCGGCAUCUGCAUUGUCCUGGCAGUGUCCAUUUGGCUUUUCAGAAGGAAGAAGAGUAACAAAAAAGGUGACAGCAAAGGAGUCAUUUACAAACCAGCCAUCAAGAAGGAGAUGGAGGCCCAUGCCUGAGGUCCGUGGCACUCCUGAAAGUCCAAGGAAGGACCCUGCCUUGGACAAUGCACAUUGGCUCUCCAGACACUUGAUAUACCUCAAGAUGUUUCCUGGAGUUCCACCUGUAAACACCCCAGACCCUUGUGGGGGGGCCUCCUGCUGGCUGCCCCUUUGCCCUGGUGUCAGUCACCCCAGUGUGAGCCACAGAUGGGACAGCUUGAUUGUUGGGUGAGAGAUGGCUAAAAGUGCUUGAUUGACGGCCACAAACCAAGCCACCUUCUGGUAGGUGGUGGUUACGUUUGGAAAAUACCUCGGUCCAGGACUUCGGUGGGUAUGCUUUCAACUGUCCUUGAAAUUCUGCAUCUUCUCCAAGUUUUCCGACUAGAAUGUGUACUCUCUGCUUAGGCGAUACUUUCAAAACUCACUUUCCUCAGCAGUCAUCAUCUCCCUUGAAACUCCAUCUUUUCUCUCCAACUCUUCAGUGUAACCAGACAAAAGAGAUCAGGGUAUCAGAAAGCAAAAUGAAAACACAAGAUGACCUGAAUAUAUUGGGCGAGUCCAAGUCUGACCUUUGGGUCAGACACACUGAUUGGACCUUAGAGCAAGGUGGCCUCAAGUUCUGUUUCUUGUUGGUAAUGGAAGGGAGGCAGAGAGAAAGUGGGGAGAGAGGAGACGAAGAAGGGAGAGAGAAUAGGGAAACUCCUUUGAGGAGAAACUGGAAUUACAAGUUGUUUAUCAGGCCACAGUCAACUGUCUACAGGCAGUUGUAGUAUUUCCUGUUUUAGAAUUGGGCCAUUCCUUGAAGAGGAGUUGCUUUCUUUUUCUGACAGGAGUCAUGAGUUCUCAGAUGACCCAAUCUGCUUUUGAGCCAAUGGGAAAUGGGCAGAAGUAAAAAUGAUUGUAGAGCCUUG